UCUGAUUUGUGCUGCUUAAAUACAACGUUUGUAUCAACGGUGAAGUUAUUGUGAUUCAAAUAUGAGCGGGAGUUAACAAAAAUUGCCGGACCAAUCAGCACUGACGCUUUUAUGACCAGACUCUUAUUAGAGGGUCUCUGGCAUACGUGUCUGAUUUGUUUUGUGGUUUGCCGCCAUUUGACAGGAUUGCUGUCAAAGCGACGUUUUCGAGCGUUCGGAUGUAAACGUCGCGUAUAUUACUCUUGAUAUUUACCGUCGUGUACAAGGAUCGUGCGCAAGGCUGCAAAGAUACGUCGUCGUCGAAUCAUAGGAACACAAGAUAGUGAUCGUUUUUUCAUGAGUUCAGUCCUUUCGCGAUCGUUCGACUAGUUCAAAUGUGACGCGAUAUAGAGUAACAUUGGAUACAGCGAAUUCUGUCAAUUUUACUGUAACUAAUAUAUGAUAUUAAGUCGGAGGAGACGAGAAAAAGUGGUGCCAUUUAUUUCCUGAUAAUCAAAAGAUAGUAAAAAGGCCCGAUAAUCAAAAGAAGAGAAAAACGCAAAAAGAAUUCGAGCCAAUGUUACGACUUGUACGAUAGGUUAGGUAGCACCAUUGUUUCACAGUGACUUCAUCAUGCUGUCGCGUAAAAACAAGGAUCUGAGGACGAUCAAGGAGGGCGUCGAAGGGAAAUACGUGAAGAAAGAAACGCCGCCUGAAAUGCCAAAUUGCAUUAUAACAAUUUUUCAUUUACACUUAGUUAUCAAUGUAUGGACAACAGAGCCGAACAAAAGAACAAGAAGACGUAACAAUCAUCCAGCAAUGCCAAGUUCUAUGUCCGUCCCUCAACAGCCCAGUAUGGUACAGAAAUUCGGAAAUACGAAAACUACUCCCAGUGCUGUUGGUCUCGGUAGCCAUGAAGGCAAAUAUACACCGAACAGUUCCGUCCCGGACUUAGCUCAAAGGUUCGCUAGUCUUUCCGUUAACACAGGGACGAACGACGGCAUGCCCUCGAGGACUGCGACACCUAUGUAUCAUGCCGAAUUGUCGCCCGCAAUGUCUCAUACUUAUAUUAAUCAAUAUGCUGGAUCUGAAUAUCAUCUAGACAGGGUUCAGACACCGCAAAUGCCUUACAUGCCCUUCGACGUCGACACCGGUUACGAAGACUAUAAUCGCUCCGCGUACCGUCAAAAUGCUGGCUACAGUAGAUGCCACUCGGAGAGAUCGAGUUCUCGGAGUGAGCAACAAGAGGAAUUGCCCUUGCCUCCUGGAUGGUCAGUUGAUUUCACGCUUCGUGGUCGGAAGUAUUAUAUUGAUCACAAUACGAAGACCACGCAUUGGUCACAUCCGCUCGAGAAGGAGGGUCUACCCACUGGUUGGGAGAGAAUCGAAUCACCCGAGUACGGCGUUUACUAUGUCAAUCACAUCACGCGUCAAGCGCAGUACGAGCAUCCUUGUUACCCGCACGAGAUGCAAGCGGUGCGUGUGGUUUCACCACCGCGGCACACUCAUUUCCACUCUCACAGUGUCCUGGUCCCGGCCAACCCUUAUCUCAACGAGGAAAUACCGCAUUGGUUGUACGUGUACAGCAGAGCCUCGAUCGCUCUAGAUCGUAAACUACGCUGGGAGCUCUUUCGACUGCCUGAAUUGGACUGUUUCAACGCCAUGCUCACCAGGCUGUAUAAGCAGGAACUGGAAGAGGUCGUGAUGCGCUACGAAGAGUAUAGAUCUUCCUUAUUGUGUGAGAUGGAUCAGAGACUGAAGGAAUUGAGACCAGAAUCAAGUGGCUCUAAUGCUGGUGCUGUUGCAUUACGAAGAUCUCUUCCUUGACAGAGUGAUCAAAUGAUCUGUAUUAAUGUGAGGUAGAUCUCCUCUCGAGACUGAUGACAAGAUUUCUCUUGGAAGUUUACGCAACAAACGAUUUAAUAUCCUUGAUGUGUCGUUUGUACAUGUUUGUAGAUAAUGUAAAAAGUUUUCUUAGUGAAACUUGUCUCUUUUGAUAUUUUAUUGUAUACUGCAAGUAACUUUCGAGAAAUAAUAAUU